AUGCACCCUGAUAUGCCCCACAUAAAUAAAAAAGACGUCGUCUGGCUCAACAUUAGCUCAUCGUCCAUCAAUCAUGUCAAUGUCAAUGUACCUGCCAUCAUGUAUGACGAAAACGUCCAGGCUGCAAGCAACCUUACACAGCCCAGUCGGCAUGGUUUACGGGGUAUUUUGUACACCAGAAAUGAUUCGUGCAACCGAACCAGUAUGACCCCACCCUUUUUCAAUCAAGAAUAUCAAAGAGCGCUGCCUCGGAUUGCAUUAAUCACCAGUGGAGGGCCGUGCACUUUUGUCGAUAAGAUCCGUCUUGCACAACAGGAUGGAGCUAUUGGCGCUAUCAUCUACAAUCAGCCUGGAGCCGAUACGAAAAACUCGAGUAAUUACAUUGACGACGGAACCAUGUAUGUUCCGGCAGACACUGAAAUCACUAUCCCGGCGUUCCAUGUCGAUCCGCGUAUUGGACCUCAACUGAGUCGCCACGUUCUCAUGUUUGCACAGCAAGGGACGUCCACGGUUCAACAGGCAGUGCGUGUACUCAUGUUGCCUGGCAGCUCGCGUGGCCCGAACCCCUGGGAAAUGACACUGAUUGUCAUGAGCGCGCUCCUAGCCAUUGGUUUCCUCACUUCAGUGAUCAUGCACUGCCACCUAUUGCGCAAGAACCGACGAUUAAGAGAACGCGUGGAACAAGGUCUUGUCCCGCCAACGCCAGACAUGUUGCCUAUGGGCAAGCAGCUGCUAGAUGAAUCUCAACUGAGCACCUUACCAACACGCACUAUUGGCGGCAGCGAUGCAGUGCCUGAUGGGCAUGCUAUACGACGACGUGCUUCAAGAGUAUCCUCGAUUCUACUAAAAAAAGUCUCAACUGCUGCUGCCCCUGCCCCUGCUGCAGCUGCACCGCCAAUAAACAAGAAGCAAGAUGACGAAGAAGACCUGUGCGCUAUUUGCCUGGAGAAGGUCGAGCAUGGUGAUAUGGUCAGGCAGCUACCAUGUACUCAUGAAUUCCAUUGUGAAUGUAUAGAUCCUUGGCUGACAUCAAAAGCAGCCGAAUGCCCACUCUGCAAGUAUGAUUGCUCACAGCCAUUUGUGCCGCGUGUACAGCCUGGAGAGGCGGGUACAAACGAAAGCAAUGACCAUGAGAAUACAUUCGUAUCACGGAUGAGAAAUUUAUUAUUUCCAAGAAGACGACACGAAGAGAAUUUGAACAAUAACGACGCAGAACAGCAGCCGCGUCAGCAACCACCGCAACAACAGCAACAACCGUUUGAGACAAUUGAACUUUCAUCCGCCAUCACCAUAUCUCCUUCUCGGUAG